AAGACAAGAAUUACCCAAAGCCAGGAAAGAAGUCUUUCCUUUCACACAUUUGUCCAAACCAAACACACCCCUUUUUUCUCUUUCCGCCCCCACACUACACUCUGCAGCUUUUUCCCUCGCCUUAUUAUAUACCCCCAACACCGCAUCCAAACACUGCUGCCUCUCUCUCUCUCUCUAAACUUACGUUUUCUCUCUCUAAAUUCUAGGCAUUGAGAUCAGAAAUGGGGAAACCACACAAACCACCAUCUGGCCGUACAAAUCUCGCAUCAUGCAUCGUGGCCACGAUCUUCUUGAUUUUCGUGGUCAUUGUGAUCCUUAUCGUGUUCUUCACCGUAUUCAAGCCCAAGGACCCGAAGAUCACCAUUAACGCUGUCCAGCUCCCCACCUUCUCCAUCGCUAACGGCACCGUUAACUUCACCUUCUCUCAGUACGCCUCCGUCAACAACCCCAACCGGGCCGUGUUCACGCACUUCGACAGCACACUGCAGCUGCUGUACUCCGGCAGCCAGGUGGGAUUCAUGUUCGUCCCCGCCGGCAAGAUCGACGCCGGGCGGACUCAGUACAUGGCGGCGACCUUCUCCGUCAAGUCUUUCCCGCUGUCGUCGGCGGCGGCGCCGGAGAAUGUGGGACCGACGAUCACUGAUGGGCUGAACGGGAUCAGGGUCGGACCAUCGAUGGAGAUAGAGUCGAGGUUGUACAUGGCGGGUCGGGUUAGACUUCUGCAUUUGUUCACGCAUAAUGUUGAAGCUAAAGCUAGUUGUAGGGUCUCCAUUGCUGUAAGUGAUGGAUCUGUGUUGGGUUUUCAUUGUUAGCAUUUUUUUUUUUUUUUUUUAUAUUUAAUUUUUAGGAUUUUUGGUGAUUUGGGUGUUGAAUUUGGAUGCCCAUAUAUGGUGAAGAAAGUGUAAAAAAGAACUGAUUUUUUUAAGAGUAAUGCUUGAUAUUUUUUAGUCUGUUUGAAAAUAGUGUGUGUGGGAAGCUAAUUAAAGCUGGUUGAAGAAGGGUAAUGCUUUGUAUAUGAGGAAGCUAAAGCUGAUUUUUUUUAGUGUGUGCGUGGGAAGCUAAUUAAAGCUGGUUGAAGAAGGGUAAGGCUUUGUAUAUGUGGAAGCUAAAGCUUGGUUGUAGGGUCGUCGCCAUUGCUGUGAGUGAUGAUGGAUCUGUGUUACUUUGAAUGUUUGUUGUUUUCUCUCUUUUUUUUUUUUGCUAAAAAAAAAAAAACUGAUUUUUAGGAUUUUUAGUGAUUACGUCAUUUUGAAUGCUCAGAUUUGAUUAUUUGUGAACAAAUGUUAAAAUAUUGAUUGUAUUCAGAGUAAUGC